UGAAACAUAUCCUCACACCAGUUACAAUACCUUACCAUGAAGUGAUGGCAUUUGCUUGCAGCACGGCUGCUUUCAAAGGCAGACAGGUUUGCAGGCAAGCUGCAGGCAACUGUUGGCUGGACAUGACCGUUUUCAUCAGGCGACGGGCGAGGAGCCAGAUGGAAGCCCGGAGAAGGACCUGUUAAAGCAACGGGAGGGAGGCAGUUUGUCUUGCAACUUUGUCACCGAGGCUGGCGGAGUUUCGCCUUGUUCCCAUUUCCGCCCCUUUCCAGGAAACAGGACUGAUCAUUGCCCACCUCGCAUUGCCUCUUGGAGGGAGUGAGUGAGUUCAUAGCACAAGGUCAUGACUUGCUCUCCACCCUUUGUUUGUGAAUGAGCCUUUAUCUAUUGGCGACUUGAGUCUGAACGCCCCAUGAGCCUGCUUGGAAACUAUCGCAAGAAGACCAAUUAUGACGGCUACGAAUCGUUGCAUUUGGUGGAUACCGGUUCCGGGGAUUUGGAGAGUCGGCCACCAGCCGGCGAUGCGGUGAUCCCAGCACCGGCCCCCGCCCCAGCCCCAGAGCCGGCAGCGGCAGCAACAGCAGCAGCAAGCGGCUCGAUCCCGCAGCCAGCCCGCUACAGCACCAUGGACAGGUCAGGUACCUCUGCUCCAGAUAUGGAACCCAUUUUUGGGGGAGGCCUGCUCGAUAUGGUGAAAGGUGGAGCUGGACGUCUCUUCAGCAAUUUAAAGGACAACCUGAAAGACACCUCUUCAAAGGUUAUGCAGUCUGUAGCCAGUUAUGCCAAGGGAGAACUUAAUAUUUCAUACAUCACAUCAAGGAUAAUAGUGAUAUCCUAUCCUGCUGAAGGAGUGGAGUUAAGUUUCAAGAAUCAAAUUGAUGAUGUGCGAUCAUUCUUGGAUUCACGGCACCUGGAUCAUUAUACAAUUUUCAAUUUAUCUCAGAAAUCAUACAGAAGUGCCAAGUUUCACAAUAGAAUAUCUGAAUGCAGCUGGCCAGCUCGACAAGCCCCCAGUUUACACAACUUGUAUGCGGUGUGUAAGAAUAUGCAUCACUGGCUGCAGCAAAACCCCAAGAAUGUCUGUGCUAUUCACUGUGUGGAUGGCUGUCCUGCCUCUGCCAUUUUAGUUUGCGGAAUGUUCUGUUUCUGCCAUCUGUUCUCUUGCCCAGUUCCAGCCAUUCAGUUACUGAAUACAAAACGACCAGAGCCUGUACUUUGGCCUUCACACAGGCGGUACAUUGGAUAUAUCUGUGAAAUGGUUUCUGAUAAACCUACGCUCCCACACUGCAAACCCCUCAUCAUUAAAACCGUCACCGUGAGCCCGGUCCCUUGCUUCAACAAGCAGAGAAAUGGCUGCCGGCCUUUCUUUGAGGUUUUUAUUGGUGAAACAAAGAUUUUUUCAACUGCACAAGAAUAUGAUAAAAUGAGAGAACAUCGAAUCCAGGAGGGAAAAGUCUUUGCUUCUUUGGGGGUUAGUGCCCAUGGAGAUGUUGUUGUAGCUGCCUUUCAUAUGCGGUCAACAAUUGGCGGAAGACUUCAAGCAAAGCUAACAAACACCCAGAUAUUUCAAAUUCAAGUUCACACUGGAUUCAUUGCUCCUGGAACCACAAUAUUAAAGUUUGCAAAAUCCGAGUUGGAUGCAUGUGAUUCUCCAGAAAAAUAUCCCCCAUUGUUUCAUGUAAUAUUGGAGGUGGAGGUGGAAUCCUCUGAUAAAAGAUUUGACUUGACCCCACCCUGGGAAGAAAGGAACACCAAAGAUCUUGUACCCAAUAUCCUCUUUUCAAGCCAUCAGGAACAUCAAGAAACCUUAGCAGCAGGUAAAUCUAUGGGGGAUUUGGAAACCGCAACAGAUAAUGUAAAGAGCACGGGGCAAAAAACAAAAAGUGAUAAGAAUGGUGCUAAUCCACCGUCAGAAGACAGAACAGCUCUUGUGAAUGAAGACAGUGAGCCAUCUGAUGAUGAACUUCUGUCCCUCUCUAGCCAACACAGUACUGCUAGCAUGGAAAAACAGCAGAGGACACAGAAAUGUUGCCAAACACAGGCAUCUUCUCAGUCCACAGCUCCUGACAGUGUGGAUCUUUUGGGCUUGAAUGGAAAUGCUACAGGCCAGGCAUUACCGCCUGCCGCUCAAGCCAGAUCUAUAACAACUAACUCUGACUUGCUAAAUGACUUGUUUGGCAGCACCUCCUCUAUUCCAUCGGCACAUGGGAGUAGUGGUGCUCCAGGAUCAGCACAUUCUACCCCUCGAAGAUCUGCAGGCUCUCCCUCUCUAUCACCGUCACCAAGGAUUUGUGAAGGAACUGCAUUUGAUCCAUUUGAUUCUCAAGCCAACCAAAACAGUCAGGAUUUGCUUGGUGUUUUUCACAAUCGGAGUGGUGCAACUUCUCCUGUUGGACAGGGAGAGCCGGUCCAGCAAACAGCCAGAACACCAUCCCCUACACCACUCAGUGCUACUGGUGAUCAUUUCAACAUGGGUAGAGUCUCCCCUGGUCUUCCUUGUACCCCAGCUGUCCCUGUUCAGCAAGAUCUAAUGGGAGGAUGGAGCAUGGGAUCUGCAAAUGUACCUGCUGGUUCAGCAGCCUGGGCAAACAGAACCGCUUCCUCAGGAGGAGUCAUGGGUGUGAGCAGGUCAGCCAACACAAGUCCUACAAGCUCAAUACAUAGCACCCCUACGCGCCAGCCCAAGCCACAGACACUGGAUCCCUUUGCUGACCUGGGGGCACUUGGUGCCAAUUUAGCAGGUGGUUCAUCAUUUUCAAGCAAACCCACCACACCUACUGGAACAUCAGCAGGAUCAUUUCAGCCAGUGGGUUCUCCACAGAAACAAUCCCCUCAACCAGCAGGAGGUGGCUCUUGGCAACAGAAUGCAGGAUUUGGUUGGCAACAAGGUUCAUCUGCCCGGCAACAGCCACAAACUAAACCGUCAAAGCCCCAGCAACCAGUGCCCCAGUCUUCUCCACAAAAUAGACCCAACUAUAACGUGAGCUUUGCUAGUGUGAUUGGUUCUCGAGACGAACGUGGGGCACGAGGACCUCCUUUUGGAACUCGGCCAAAGGUUGCAGAUAGUAACUUUGAAGACCUGCUGUCAAGCCAAGGGUUUGGUUCCCAGAAGGACAAGAGGGGUCCUAAGACGAUAUCUGAAAUGAGAAAGGAAGAACUGGCUAAAGACAUGGAUCCAGAGAAAUUGAAGCUUCUGGAUUGGAUUGAAGGAAAAGAGAGAAAUAUUCGAGCAUUGUUGUCAACAAUGCAUACUAUAUUGUGGGAAGGAGAAACUAAAUGGAAGCCUAUUGGCAUGGCAGAUCUGGUAACUCCUGACCAAGUGAAAAAAGUCUAUCGGAAGGCAGUACUUGUAGUUCAUCCUGAUAAAGCCACUGGUCAGCCAUAUGAACAAUAUGCCAAGAUGAUAUUCAUAGAACUGAACGAUGCCUGGUCAGAAUUUGAAAGUCAAGGGCAAAAGCCUCUGUACUAAUUUAAUGCAAACAAUUUGCCUGUGUUUACUGUUGACUCUCUGUAACUGUGUGAAUGUGUAGUUCCAUUUUUUCUUUAAUGUUGACGUAUAUUGCCUUCCCUUGGUAACUCUAUACAGGCACUCGUUUAAUUGUCACACAACUCCUGUUUUAAUGAUGUCCUAUUACAUGGGAUUUUGUUAAAAGUAAAUGAUAACUGCGGGGAAAAAAAACCUAAUACAAGACCUUUUUGGGGACAAAGGUAAGAAAUAACUCCUGUGAACUUUUUUUCUAUCUUUGUUUGCAAUGCAUUUUGUAACAUACUGCCUGAGUCUUAAUAUUUAGUCUUUAUUCUGAAAUGAGUUGGUUGCAUGUGAUUUGAAAUUUAUCACAUUACAAUUCUGCUUUCAUUUCAAACCAUUUGAAAUUAGUGUAUUAGCAUAGUUGUUACUGUUACUAAUUGCUGGACAAUGUAACAUUACAGAGUCUGUGUAUAUGUGAAAAAAAAACUGAACACCUUGUCUAGCUUGAACAAUGAGCUUUACGGUAUUAUCUGGAAUCAUCCUCUCAUACAUUCAACUCCCGAUAGCACUGAUCAGUAUUUACUCGUGGGCAAUCUCAUAAGUGUCUUGCUUAACAGCCACUUGGGAUUGUUGCAAUAUGCUGCAUUGGGAAUUAAAAUGGAACUGUGCUUGUGGCUCUUGAAUACAAAGCUACAGUUUUUAAUACUGCUGUUGUGAGCCAUUUGCCAGGGUGAGAGUUUAGGCAGCCUCACGACAACAAGAGGAAAAAUAUAGGACAAAUAGUUAUCCUUAAAGUGUACUUUACUGAAAUCUUGUCUUUGCAAAAUCUAAAAUAACCAAAAGCUAUCCUUGGCUCUCUUGCUGAAGCAAAGUUUUUUUUAAAAAGGGAGAUUAUUGAUAACUUGGAAGGACGACAUUCUGAACCUACGGAAGUUGUGAAUGAAGACAUGUGGCACAUUGAAUAUCACGGCAAGAGUGGCUGCAAAUUUGUCCCAGGCUGCAAUGUGAGCACUAGUUGUAAAUAUAGAAACCCAAUUUUCAGAUGCCUCCUUGUGUCUAUUUAAUUGGAAAAUUCUUAAUUCUCAAAUAUUAUUUCAAAUGUUUUAUUUAACAUGCCAUUUUGUUUAUCUGUGCAUGUAAUCUGUUUGAAUUUUCCAUUUUUAUGAUGCUUUAUUCUGUAGUCUGUGGUAUUACAGAAGAGCUAAAAGAUGUGUUGUCUAUUCACUUUUGUGAAUCAUGCAGAUUAAUAUGAUUACAGUACAAGAAUUCAACAAUUUAAUCUUUAUGCCUGAACAUACAGUCCAUGGAAUGUCACAUUAACCUUGAUUUAUUGCUUGUGUAUUUUUGAGGUUGAGAUGGGGGGUGGGGGGGUGGUGGGCAGGGGAACACAAAGGAAGGAUAGAUUAAACAUUAAAUUCAUGUUGAACUUUGUUUGCUAUGUCUGAUGUCUUUGUUUGAAAUGUGACUAUUAAGAAAUGUCUAAGUUCUAAAUUAUGUUCAUUCCAAAUUGUACAUAAUACUGCCUGUAAUUGACAUGAAAUAAAUGUGUGUAUUGCUCAAA